AUGGUUCGAUUAACUGAAUCUAUCGUUUACAGCCGCACAAAAUUCACUGCUGAAUCUGUUCGGAAAUUGAAUUUGUGGGGUUGUGAUAUCGACGACAUUAAUCUAUGCUCUGAAAUGGUCAAUUUGCAAAUUCUUUCUUUGAGCAUGAAUAAAGUGAAGUGCUUAAAAGCGCUAAAGAACUGUGCAAGACUAGAAGAAUUAUAUCUUCGCAAAAACGAAAUCAGCAAUUUAAAUGAGUUAGAACACCUGAAAGAUCUGAAAUCACUGAAAAUUUUAUGGAUUGAUGGAAAUCCUUGUACAGCUGAUAACAUGCAUCGUGCUAAAGUUCUAAAAAUUUUGCCUGGUCUUACACGCUUGGACGACAAACGUAAAGUAAACUUAUAUUCUACAUAUAUUCCAGCUGUAUCUGUAGAAGAAAUUUUGAAUGCAAGAACCGAUCAGGAGGUCACUAUUAUCACGGGAUCUGAUGGAAAUAAUGAGCUCAUAGAAACCAGAAGAGUCGUGGAUACUAUAAUGCCAAAUAUUCCUCGAAUCCAGCAAUUAAUUACUAAUUAUAUCAUGGAUCAGAAUCCUGUUUGUAUCUCUCAAGAGCAACCUUCAAAACUUAUGAUCACAUCCUCAUCUGAUGGAAUCAACGAAAUAGGAAAUAGCAAUCUCCGGAACUCUGAUGAAUGCCGAGAUUUGAGCUUACAGAUGUCACCACCAUUUGAAAAUGAAAGCAAUAAUGCAAUGUUUCGCAGUAUGUAUGAACGACCUAAAACUUCUCAAGCGAUCAUAAAUACGUCUCAACGCAGUAGCAGCCUUCCCAGACAUCAGCGUAAGUCACGUAUUAUAUCCGCAAUUGGAGUGUUAUUGGAUGAACUUGAUGCAAGUGGCUUACGUGAUGUUAUCGAGGAAGCACAGUGUAGGAUUAAAAAGUUACGAUGA